CCAUGGCUGAAUCGAUAUCGCCCUCUACCUCGUUUGCCGUGCGCCCUUCGUCGCAGGAUGGCGCCGUUUCUUCAGCAUCCAACUUUGGCUUGACUGACUUCAAUGCUGCCAGCGAGUCAGUCCCAGAUGAUCACACGAAUGAGCGCAUUGAGACUAUUCUGCAGUCAGAGAUCGGUGUUACGACGCUCCUCGCUCGCUUGAAACAGAGCAUUGCUUCUGCGCGGGACUUCUCUUCUUUCUUAAAAAAACGAUCAGUCUUGGAAGAUGAGCAUGCCCAAGGCUUGAAGAAACUUGCCCGCCAUACGAAUGAAGCGGCGCAUAGACCCGAGACGCGCCAGGGAACAUACAGUCGCGCCCAAGAUGAGAUUACCAGAAUCCACGAACAAAUGGCCGACCAUGGCUUGCAAUUCGCUGUAUCGCUAUACCAAAUGUCCGUCGACCUCGCCGAACUAUCUGACAACAUUGAAAAAAGCCGCAAACAAUGGAAGGCAAGCGGGCUUGCCGCGGAAAAGAAAGUAACAGAUGCGGAGGCUCUAGUGGAAAAGGCAAAGGCAAAAUACGAUUCUCUGGCUGAACAGUACGAUCGCGUCAAGACGGGCGAUAAGCAGGGAGGAAAGUUUGGUUUAAAAGGACACAAGUCCUCUGCUCAGCAAGAAGAAGAGCUGAGUCGCAAAGUGCAAAAUGCGGAUGCCGAUUAUCAGGCCAAGGUCCAGGCGGCACAGGCAGCGCGCAAGGAAUUGUUGUCCUCACAUCGUCCUCAAACUAUUCACCAGCUGCGACAGCUCAUCUUCGAGUGUGAUUCAGGAGUUACUCUUCAGCUCCAGAAAUAUGCUGCGUUCAAUGAGAGACAUCUUCUCGGAAAGGGUCUCUGCGUGACCCCAUUGAAGAAUGGGCCAUCUGACGGACCUAAGAGUUUGCGCGAGGUCGUCCACGAGAUUGAUAGUACCAAAGACUUCAACCAGCACAUCCUGACUUUUGAAGGUAGUUCUGGGGCGGUAAAGGCUCCAGAAGUUCAGUAUCAUCGGCAUCCUACUCUUGGCGGUUCUUUACCUGGGACUUCGUCCGUGCCGUCAUCUCAGCCAAGCAGCUUCAAUACUCGACAAACCACACAGCCUUCAGCGCCUGCGCCUUCUCAGCCACCUUUGGGAGCACCGCCGUCUACUUCACAGACAGCUGCGCCUAAAAUAGAUGCAACCACACAAAUAUUACCACAUCUACACAUCAUGAAUCCUGAUGGCCCCGAACCCCCAUCUCAAUACCCAGCUUAUCCUGGUUCUCCACCGGCAACUCAACCCCCCGCUCAACAACCCCUGGCAGCAACUUCUGCGCCAACUCCAUACCCUUCUAGUCCGUCAAAGCCGUUCCACCAGACUUCUUCCAACGCUCCGAUGAUGCAACCGCCAAAUGGCUUUAUGAACAAUCUUCCUCCAGUCAGACCUGUAUUUGGUCUGACUCUUGAAGAUUUAUUCCGCAGAGACGGAACCGCCGUCCCGGUGAUUGUUUAUCAAUGUAUCCAGGCAGUGGAGAUGUUUGGUCUAGAUAUGGAGGGUAUCUACCGACAGUCAGGAAGUGCCAACCAUAUCAACCACAUGAAAGCAGCUUUUGAUAACGACUCUUCCAAAGUCGACUUUACCAACCCGGAGGACUUCUUCCACGACGUAAAUAGUGUCGCCGGCCUGUUGAAGCAAUUUUUCCGAGAGCUUCCAGAUCCCUUGUUCACUCGACAAUUCUAUAACGAUUUUAUUAAUGCUGCUCGUAUUGAGAAUGAUACCCAACGACGUGAUUCCUUACAUGCUAUUAUCAAUGGUCUCCCUGAUCCAAACUAUGCCACUUUACGCGCUUUGGUUUUGGUAAGUAGACAUCUUUCGUAUGUGAUCCACAGGUCUGACCUCUCGGUAGCAUUUGAACAGGGUCCAAGAACAUGCAAGCAAUAACCGCAUGACGGCAGGCAAUCUUGCCAUUUGCUUUGGACCAACUCUCAUGGGCGCGUCAGGCGCCAGUCUCAUUGACUCUGGCUGGCAGAACCGUGUCAUUGAAACCAUUCUUCUGAACACUUUCCAAAUUUUUGACGACGACUGAUUCUUCUCCACAGUACAUUCGAGAUUUUACAUUCCCCUGAUUCGAGUUGUAGUAUGCUGUCGCCUUUUCAUUCUGCAUGUGUAUAUCCUUUAUAUCACUUAGUUAUUUGCUUCAAUUUGUUUGCAUUUGUCUGUUUUGGUGCACCAAAAAUUGAAACAGGCGCAUGGUUUUUCACUGUCUAUUUAUUUGUCUGCUUCUUCAUUCAUAUUAUCCGCAUUCUCUGUUAUUUAUUCCACUACCUACUUGAAUUUAAUCAGCAUGAUUGAUGCUCAGAUUUCGCAAUGUUAUGUAAGUUU